AUGGGAUACUUCGACGUGGACGACGUGCUUGCGGACGCCGUGGAGGUGCCCUGCAAGUUCCAACUGGAGGUGGCCCAAGUCGGGUUUCUCGCUGGGCAGCCCGGUGAGUCCGUUGCGCGGAACAGCAAGUUGGAGUUGCCCCUGUGGCUUGCUCGGAUCCUGGCCAUCGUUGGUGCUGGUGACGGUGAGGGCGACGGUGACGGUGACACGCCAUUUGUCGAGUUGCUGCCACCGGAUACGUUUGCAGCUCGGGUCAUGAACGCGGUCAAGGCGGACCCGGUUGCUCUCGACUUGCACGCGGUGAGUCCCUACUUCUACGCGCUCGCGGUCAAGUGGGUCAACUUAUUCAGCGACGCGGAGCUCGGGGAGACCGUGGCACGGCUGCUGCUUGCGCGUGCUCAAGAGAUUAACAGCAACGCGGCGAACGUCACUCUUGUAGAACGCACUCUGGACGACUUGGCAGGGCCACUGGCGUCUCGCCAAAAUGGGGUCCACCACAGCAGCCCGUUCAUGCUCACAAUGGACGAGUGGGAGAAGACCGUUUACAAAGAGGCACAUGAAGCCUACAGGGACUCCAAGAAGUGGCUGCUUCAGUGA